AUGGAAGCAUUACUGGCGCAUUCGUUCGACUACCUCUCCUCCUACGAGCCAACCAAAGUCCGCAAAGGGUUGCGCCAGGUUGAAGGGCUCCUUGCGCAGAUUUGCUUGUCCAGGGCGAAACGACCAGUGUCGGACAAACGGGGUUCGUCACUAUUAUUUGAUGCUCCACAGUCGGGCUGCAAAGCCUUGUCAGAGCUGAGAGAUGACCCGGCAUUCAGAGAGUUCUUCAAGCUCCAAGAUGGAUUCCAAUGGAACGUGGCAAUGCGCUUGGUAACCUGUCUGGAACAUCUUCUUGGCCGUGGCAGUAGUGGUACCAACGACCUGCUCAUUCUAUCCACCCUGGACUUAAUACAGGGCGUGCUAUUGCUCCAUCCGCCUUCGAGGAUCUUGUUUGCCCGUGAAAUCUACAUGAACCUGCUGCUGGAUCUUUUGGACCCAAUCAACUGCCCUGCAAUCCAGUCGGCGACCCUCCUCACGCUAGUCACUGCGCUUCUUGACCACCCAGCCAACACACGAACAUUUGAAGAGCUGGAUGGACUUCUUACGGUGACGUCGCUCUUCAAACAGCGCUCGACUGCUCGUGAAGUCAAGCUGAAGCUGGUUGAAUUCCUAUACUUUUAUUUGAUGCCAGAGACGGCCCUGAUCUCGACAAGUGCUCCCAACGCCGGUAUACCACGCAGCCCUAGCAAGCUGGGCGGUGGACCUGUACCCAGGAGCGCCAAUGCCCCAGGGGCCCAUAACGGUACCAAGGGCAAUCGCGACACACGCACGACUGAGGAGAAACAAUCUCUUCUGGGAAGAUAUUUGAACAACGUGGAGGAUCUCGUGGAGGAUCUCAAGGAAACGGCACCGUUUGGUGCUACGGUUUAUUAA